AUGCCACCAACGGUCGGGAGCGCUGUAUACUAUGUCUGUGCUGCCUGUCCGCCUCCGAACAACGGGCUUCCGCCAAAGAAUUGGCCAAGGCUGGAUAAUUUCAAGGCGCAUACAUCGCGCAAGCAUGGAGACUGGGACCAACAGUACUUGAUCCGGAUGUCUAAGCAUAUGCCACCUUCUAUGGCCCAGUCUGAGUCUGGCUACGGAUCACACAUGCCGGUCGAGUAUCGCGAUACUCAGUCUCUGGGAACCCCCAGCAUGUCAAGAGGUCCUAGCUUCCGAGGCGGCAACUUUGAUAUCAGUUUCGACAUGAGUUCGGUGAAUCCGCUAGCAGGUAUAGGUGCUGGGCAGAUGGGUGCUGGCAUGGACCUGGACGGCCAGUUCAACGCUGGCUUCCAAAACUCUGGCAAUGGCUAUACCGGACACAGUUUCUAUGGGAAUCCAGGGGGAGAUGCACAGCUUAUACUAUAUCCAGACACGGUGCAGUCCUCGCCGACUAGCCAUCUUCAGGUGGCCCAACAGACAUUCGCCGGCAGCAUGGACCAGGCAAUGCGAAUGGAUCAAGGCCAAGGUCCCGAGCAAACAUGGCGUCAUCAAGUCUUUGGCCAGCAGAACAGCGAAGACACCGUUGCGCAACAGUCUGCAGAAGGCUUCAAAUGCACAGAAUGCAGCAAGAUCAAGCCACGUGAGUGUGAUCUCCGCAAACACAUGAAGCGCCACACCCGUCCAUACGGCUGCACGUUCGAGGGCUGCGACAGACGACUGGGUAGUCGCAACGACUGGAAGAGGCACGAGAGCUCGCAGCAUGAGUUGGACGAAGUCUGGUUCUGUCAGGAUUGCAACUACGUGGUUCAAUCUGUGGAGGCUUUCGCGCGCCAUUUAGAAGCCCAGCAUGACUACCGACGUAGUACAUACGACAAUCAGUACUGGUGCAUGGCAGCCCACCUUGGCCAGCACGCGCACUACCGCUUCUGGUGCGGCUUCUGCCAGCGGCUCGUGAAUCAGACAGAGUUGAGCCCGGAACACGGUGGUCGGCGAGCAUCAAACGCCUGGGAACAACGCUUCAACCAUAUUGGGGAUCACUACGACAAGCAUGAUGCUAAUAUUGACAACUGGCUACAUAUGGGGGCUUCCGGACGACAACUCACGUUACCCCAGCGUGGAGCACAGAGGGGCGGUAGCUCGCGAUAUCGGAACAAGGAGCCAGCGGACGAUAGUAGUGAGUUGGGCGAUUCUGGUAUUCCAAACGUCGGCUCGCUUGAGUUCUUCAUGGAGGGACCAGCAGCACAGUGGGGAGACGCUCGGAUGAAUGAUCCGAUGACGAACUACAAUCCCGGCGGCAUGGACAUAACGAAUUACGGUGGUAUGAAUCAGCACGACGACAUGAUGGAUGCCGACGGAGAAGUGGACGACAGCUUCCAGAAUCUAUGA